UCCACACCAAAGGCGGACUGACCAUUUGGAAACUCGGGCACUGCCUGAGGGCCCAGGGUCAAUAGGGGGCCCCAUGAGAUGCCCUGGUACCUUUUUCAUAGGCUUUUUUGAGUUUGGUCAAGGACAAAGGGUUCCCAUGAUCCAUUAUUGCCCGGGGGCCCCAUGAGUUGUCAGUCUGCCCCUGGUCCACACCAUGCCCGAGUGCUCGAAUGGUCAGUCUGCCCUGGGUACAACUUGACAUGCGAGUUUGAAGUUCAAAGUCACAAGACAAGUCACACAGGUGCA